ACAGUACAUUCAUCUAUCCUGUCUGCUCUGUGGCCUAUUCUAUUGCUGUAGAUCCGAAACGAAAUAUUUAUAAAACUCGUGUGCGGUGUGGAAUCAUGGCUGCAGUAGUAGGCAAAUUACUACGAAAUGACUUUAUUCGUCUGCAUAAUUCCUAUCCUUCUCGCAAGUUCUCAAGCUUCCCUAAGUUUACAAGCAAUACAAAAAAGGUAUUGGCAUAUACAGGUUUAGCUUUAACUGGGGCUGCAGGCUUAGCUUUAGCAAUCCAUGAGACGGUGACUAUAUCUGCAGGAGAACUUGUUGUUCACCCUCCAAAGCAUCCUUGGAGUCAUAAUGGACUAAUAAGUUCAUUUGAUCAUGCAAGUAUACGGCGAGGUUAUGAAGUAUACAAGCAAGUUUGUGCAGCAUGUCAUAGUAUGCGAUAUGUACGUUAUCGUGAAUUAAUAAAUGUAUCUCACACCGAGGAGGAAGCAAAAGCAGAAGCUGAAGAAAUAAUGGUACUUGAUGGACCUGAUGAUGAAGGUCAGAUGUUCAAGAGACCUGGCAAGCUGUUUGAUUCUUUCCCCAGUCCUUAUGAAAAUGAAGAACAAGCUCGUGCUGCAAACAAUGGUGCAUAUCCACCAGAUCUUAGUCUUAUUACUAGUGCCAGACAUGGUGGAGAAGAUUAUGUCUUUUCUCUGCUGACUGGAUAUUGUGAUCCACCUGCUGGAGUGGAACUUGCAGAGGGUCAGUAUUAUAAUCCAUACUUCCCAGGAGGUGCCAUUGGCAUGGCCCAAGCAUUGUACAAUGAAAUAAUAGAAUAUUCUGAUGGGACACCUGCAACCCUCAGCCAGCUGGCAAAGGAUGUGUGCACAUUCCUCAAGUGGGCAGCUGAGCCAGAACACGAUACUAGAAAAAGGAUGUUCAUCAAGGUGAUGGUAGUUCUUUCACUGCUUACUGGAGUCUCCUAUUACUAUAAAAGAUUGAAGUGGGCUCCUCUAAAAACACGUAAAAUAGUUUUCAAGAAUCAACAGAAAUAAAGAGUAAUAAAAUGUCACUAAAUAAAUGAAAAAUAAAUACACUUUGUGCAUAAAUUAUUUAUGGAUCAAUUUUUCUCAACUAGUUGAAGGGGAUUAGAAAUAUCUGUAGAUAUCACAAUCUGCUUUUAAUAAAAGGAACUGAUUCUCCACAUAA